UCCAUUUUCAUCAACUCCCAAUCCUUUGUUGAUAACACAACAAGAACAAACACAAACACAAACUCAAACAACAUGUAUGCAAAGUGCAAGAGCUCAUACUUUGCAAAUCAAGAAGAGUAUCUUGCUUACUGCCUUGUUAUGCUUGCUAAAAGUGAUGAAGCUCAUCUAAGACCACCUCCACCACCUCCAAAGCUUGCUUUCAAGUGUUCGGUUUGUGGUAAAGAGUUUUCUUCUUACCAAGCUUUAGGUGGACAUAAGUCUAGUCACCGGGGACCGACCGAUGGCCAUGAAAGCCGAAUUGUUAAUUCUUCUAUUAGUGGUACAUCUUUGUCUUUGUCCGGUGGCUCCAGAGUUUCCGGUGGUGAUAAAGGUCAUAAGUGUAGUAUUUGUUACCGGAGUUUCGCCUCCGGGCAAGCUCUUGGAGGGCAUAAGAGAUGUCAUUAUUGGGAGAGUUCGACGACAUCAUCAUCGUCGGCCGGAAUAAAAGGUUUUGAUCUUAACUUGCCUCCAUUGCCGGAGUUUGGAGGUGUGAGGAGUUGGAUCAUGGGGGAGGAGGAGGAGGUGCAAAGCCCUUCUCCUUUUAAGAAGCCAAGGCUUGUAGUUUCAUGAAUGAAUAAUUAGUUCAUGUGCUUAAGGUUUUUUUUUUUUCUUUUCUUGUUUUUCUUUUGCUUUUUUUAAAAAA